AUGGCUAACACGAGUUUGUUAACCUUCGGCUUGACACCAGAUCCAAGCUUUAAUGUGUUCUUCUUCCUUGAACUCGUCGUUUCCUGCAUACUAGUGCUGUUCUUCUUACUUUACUUUAAUCGCCUCUUUGCAACCCUUCUCUCGUACGGGAUUCGCGCCUACACAUGGCAUUAUUAUCGCGCGUACGUCGAUAUCAAUGCACUUCAGAUUUCUUUGCUUGGGGGACGGAUCUUCUUCAAGGGUGUCCGAUACCACGGUGUGAAUGAGACUAUAUUUGUUCACGGGGGCUUUAUAACAUGGCGUUAUUGGAGGCGAUCGGUGAGGAGGACAUCUUUAUACGACUUGAAACCCAAUGGAUACGAAACGAGGGAUGAUGUGCGAUCAGUCGCGGACGGGGAUAAUGAUGGCGCCGGAGAGAGUGGAAUAAAGGAGCAAGGAGGAUUGAAAGGCGCAGAUUCACUUCCUUGUCGUAUUACUGCCAAGUUUUACGGGCUCGAGUGGUUCAUAUACAAUAGGACACCGGCCUAUGACGGUAUCCUGGCAGGCUUCAACCCCCAAGGACAGCCAGCGACCUUCACUAAGCCACAGUACCCUGGAAGCAGCUCUUUGGAUGCUGAGCUGAAAGAUAAUUCAAUUAGGAAUUCAUCUGUCAGCGAAUCCGCCCCUCCGACAUCUCCUCAGGCACGCAACACUCCGGGACGUAGUAGAACUGGUGGGGAAACAAUUGGUUCUCACAUUGUUGAAGGAUCUGGUCAAGAAUUGGGUGAUGGGCUUUCGAGGCUGCUUCGACUUCUGCCAGUGAAACUAGAGUGUGACAAAGGGGCUAUCGUGAUCGGUAAUGAGAAUACCAGGUCCGUCCUGACAACAACCUUUGACGGUGCGACUGGAUUAAUCGAAGUAUGCGAUGCUGGGCCAUUUGAUCUUUAUCGGCAAUCAUUCUCUUUUGAAUUCAUACACCCUGUUGUUCAGAUGCGCCCAAACCCAGACUUCAAACAGAACCAGCUUUCUGCGGCGAGGGGACUAAGUUCCACGCAGGAAGACCAGCCCGGGACAAAGCGCAAAAGGGAUACGAUCUUCAACUAUCAAUUCCAAAAGCGCAGAGUAUGGCAUAGUAUCCGCGACCUCAUUCCAUACUUUCAGACAUCUGUGGAAUCCUUUCAUGUUUCCGAAAAGCACGAAGACGCGGGACCGAGAACCCAAGGCGAUGUUCGCCAUGAUGUCCGCUGGGUUGGUCUUUCGCGAUACUUAGACGACACAAACCAGGAUGAUCACGAAGAAUGGAACUCUGUCGAAUAUGCCAGAUUUUCUACAGUCUUGGAUAGCCCUAGUAUGACUAUAGCAUACUAUUGGGACAUUCCUGGGUGUGUUAAGCCCCAAGAAUUGCCGCAGGAGUCCCCUCCCUUCGAAGGAACCCCGGAUAUCAAUGGUGCGCCACCCCCAGAAUGGGGCAUUGACGUCAAAAUAGAAGGAGGCACUAUUAAUUACGGGCCGUGGGCUGAUCGCGAACGUGUUGGCUUGCAAAACAUCUUCUUCCCCAAUUCCUACCGAAACUCCCAACCGGCGGAGCCUUUAACCACGGGCGAUUUGAGGCAGAAUUCUGUGUUUAAACUGCGAGUGGAGACCACCGAUGAACUAACACUGCGUAUUCCAACAAGGGAACCUUCCAAAGACUGGCAGUGGAAAGGUCGCGCUGAUGCAAUACGAGGCGCAUCGAAAAUGAAGAAGCAACAGCGAAGGCGACAGUCUAGGGCUGCAGAGAGUGAUAAGGGUCAUGUUGGCCCCGAGAUUCGCCCUUUUGGGUGGCUGUCUCUCCGCGUGACUGGCGACUCGACCAUAAAUUACUGUAUGGAUAUGGUGGCGUCUAAACUUGGCUAUGCCAAUCAACUUGUUCUAGACCUUCGAGACUCAACAAUGUCAUCAAGCGUCAAUCAUGCAGUGCUAUGGCAAUUCCCUCUUACCUGGAAUGAUCUUCGUACGUGGAAGUUUGAUGUCGAAAGCCGUGAUAUGGAGUUGUUUCUUUUACGAGACCACAUCUUUCUCUUGACGGACCUUGUUGCCGAUUGGGCAUCCGGCCCUCCAGCAGAAUACUAUACAUUCGUGCCGUUCAUCUACAAGCUGAGCCUUUCUUUUGUAAACCUACGUUUUAAUCCCUCUGAUUUGGAUGACAACCGUCUACUGGUGAUCAAGGGCGAGAGAUUGACCUCUGAUAAUACUGUGAGCUUCAAUGUCUGUCUUCAAGAUGCUGGUAUAGAUUAUUUGAGCCCGUUGUGGGAUACCCUUCACACUUUCUUGCAAGAUAAAUCGGCUGCCACGCUAGAGACCAUGUCCAUUGACGGGUCUUACAGCUAUUACCUUUCCACAUCAUCUGAGUUGACGGACACUUUAUACCUCAAUAUUGAGGGUCUAUCCCCUAAGCUUUACUUGUUUGGAUUCUUGAUUCAAAUGCAUUUCAAGACUCUCGAAGAGUUCCAGGAUCUCGCCUAUGCGAAGGAACCUUCAGAGUCCCAUAACGGAAUCAACCCUAAUAGGAAGUCGAAUGAUCUAGAUGUUAUCGUGCAUGUCACUGUGGAUAGUCCCUGUGCUCUGCUCCCAGAAAAUAUAUAUGACCGCCUGAAGUGUCUAAGACUCACUGCAGCUUCCUUGGAGAUCGACUUGCGAUUUACUAAUUACUACAUGGAUUUGGAGUUUUCAAUUGCUCCUUUGAAAGUCGGAAUAUCUGACUCCCAGCUUUUCAUCGAUGGAGUUUCUGUUCAUGGCCAUCGCUUGUUUGGACUCCCUCCUGCCGAGCCAACGUAUGUCUGCAACUGGGAUUUCAAGCUAGGUCGAGUUAUCGGAGAAUGCUCGACGGAGUUCAUAUCCUGUUUAGGACCAGCAUUGAAGAGUUUUGACUUCUCUUUCGAUAAUGAAGAGAAUGCUCUGCCUCCAUUAGCGAAGAUCAGUAUGAUUCAUGUCUCUGUGCUCCUAGACAAAACGGCUUUGGUUUUGAGCUCUGGGCCGGUUACAACGAAAUUUAACGACUGGACAAAUGCUAGGUUUUCAAAACGGAUGACCCUUCUCGUCCCCGAGCUCGUUAUCGCUGCAGUGGAUCAUGAACUCGUGGCCCCUUUAGCGCUCUUUGAGACAACGAUCAACUUGAGGAUGGCUCAGCGAAGGAAUGACAUUGUGGAAAGUCGAAGAUUACAGCAAGAGCACAUCAAAUUACAUGAUCAAAGGACACAGAGAACCCCAUGGCUGUUAUUUGACUGGGAGGAAGUCGAUCCUGAAUCAACACACCUUAAUGAUGAUGACUUAACGCUACCGACUAUCGCUAUACCUGCUAUGCCCGAACCUAGAAGUUUCCUUGUCUCCUCAGAUGCGUCAAGUGUGCGACGUGGACGCAGAAGAGGAGGCCAUAGCACGAUCUACACCUCAAGCUCGGCAUCGGAAGAAGGGCAGCGCCAAACCUCGUUUCAGGUAGCGCCAGGGCUCCCUCAGGAUAACCAUUCAGCUGAAGAACAGAAGAGUCCAUCCACCAUUCUUCCGAACUCGUCAAACCCUUGGGACAUGCCUGAUUUCUCAUUAUAUAAAGUCAGCCUGGAUACCUCACAAUUGCCCUCACACGACCUAUUCGCGACAAAGUUCGAUCCUCAGUUCUCGCCUUUUGCAGAAGAUAAGACAACCCAGACUAACUUCGCAAUCGUACUACCCAAUGGUGUCCGAGGCAAUUGUACUCCCGACUUUCUUUUCAUAUUAUCAACCUUGAUAGAAAGGCUGCAAGCUAGACACCCAACUAAUAUCAUUGAUUCACUCCAGAAAGAUGUUAUAUCCGACAUUGUAGGCUACGAAAAGUCACUGAAAAGCCCAAAAAGAUCGACAAGCGUUGCAAUACGAACCCCGAUCAUACUUGUGAAGCUGGUAAACUUAUCCGAAGCUCCCAGCAAAUACGAAUCAGGUUUCCGGGAUGAGUAUAGGGUUGAGAUCACCCAUUUGAAGACAGAAAUCAGGACAAAAGUUGAGAGAGAGCAAGGCGAUCUUCUUGCGGGAAUAAGAGAAAGCUCCACCGUUCAUGCUGCCGCCGAGAGUCUUUCAGUAUCCGUCGAGGGUACUCGAGCUGACGCAUAUCAAGAAAGGGCUGAACUUACUUGUCUCUUUGGUGACAUGAACUUUUGGCUUGUGACAAAACCUACGAUAAAAUCGAAUUUCCAGGCUCGAGCUUUCGACACAGUCACUUUCACAAAAUCAGUGGAGCAUCUUGCCUAUUUAGUUCGUCGUACAACCACGAUGUUCGACUCAGUUACCUCUUCUCUACAGCAUAGUUCAUCCCUGGAGGACAAACGUCUACGUCUCCUUAUUCAUUUCCUUACUCAGCCAGCUGCGAACAUACCUGAUCCCGCGUUCCUUACACGGAUCUCAUAUGUGCUCAGAGUUGCGCCUACACACUUGCGACAGCACGAUUCUUGGAAGAUAAUAUCUCGGAUUCGCAACGUAUACAAUAAUCUGCCCUCUCACCAGAAGGAAGACUUGGCAUCAAGAUGUCUUAACAAUGACCUUUCAUUACCGCCGGACGCCAGAACUACUGUUCUCUCCAGCUUUGACGAAUGGCGGGCUUGGGAUCUGGCGCAUGUUGGGAAGAGUUACGUCAUGCAAAGAGUAUGGAGUUCCUUCGUACCAAAGAUGGAGAGUGCACCAGAACCAGCAUUCUUCUCUUCCACUGUGAAAUUAUUUCGCUUCUCUAUUGAUCCUGGACCAAAGGAAAGUGAUUUCGUGAUUGAGGAUCUGUCGACAGCUUUAUCUAUCAACCCACAUGAGGCAAGGCCAAUGAACCUGACGAUUGUGCAGUCUUACUGCUCUUCUAUUAGUCUUCGGCUGCGAUGGGAGAUUCUCGAGCUAGUAGAAGGAUUGUUGCGGACAAUGUCUACAGUCACCUUGGAAUCUACUACACCAACCCAAGGUCCGUGUACCGAGCCAAAGGAGUCCAACGAGCUGCAAGUAGUGCUUGGCGCUGAUAUUGGAUCUAUAAAUCUUGAUGGCAUCAAUGCAAAACUUGCGUUCACCGGGCGGGGCUUGAGAAGCUCAGUUGUUCAGAAACUAGACGGCAUAGGGGGUCCGGACUGUCUGAGUGCACUAAUAAGUGCACAAGCGUGCUCUUCCGAGUUAUCGGAUCUCUCUAAAGUAAUUAUGUCAUGGAAGGUUGGUGACCCGCAUUUGUAUUGUUCGCGUGUCUCCAAGGAAAAAGAAGGAGAGCUGGAAAAUGAGUGGAAAAUUGCUGGUUCAAGCAAGAGACUCCGAUAUGAUAUGAUAGAAGACCCGCUGAGCCUCGCGCACAUUGCGGACCGCCUGAUAGAAGAUGAAGUUCGGUAUAUUCAUCGGCUUGCCAGCAACAUAAACCCCUCAGCUCACCAAUCCAGUGAGGGUAUUUCAGAGGCAAGGAAGUCGGUCUGCAACAAAUUCCAUAUCGCUAUGUUUUUAGGUGAUUACCGACUCAGUUUCUGUAUCCUGCCGUCCUUAACAUACGUUAUUACUGGCGAAGUGGCACGCACAUCUAUGGUACCAACGAUGGGGUCCAAAGUCGAAGUAGAUUUCGACUUAAAAAGGAAUUUGCACACUUUCCUGUCCAACAGCGGCAAUGGAUGGCAUCCUCUAUCGGUGUUAGAAAUACCACCUAUCAACGGUCGAGUUGUUGCGAACAUGUCGCCGGUCCGUAUGGAUAUGGAGGUUGAUGUUACGAUUGAACUCAUCCAACUAGAGGCCAGCGCUGUACGAAGCCUUCUGGGAGCCCUAACAAAACCGGAGUUCUCUCACUUAAUGUCUGAUCUCAAACAAAAUGUGGAAACUCUACAACUGCACCUUAACGAUGCUCUUGCUCUUGAUAAAGGACCCCCACGGCAAAAGGAACCCUCCAAUGAUCACAGCAUACUGUAUAAGGCGCGCAUGACAAUGGCAGGCACGAAGAUUCACGCCAGUGCUCCUGCUAUUAAUGGGAAAACGUAUUCAGCAGACAUGGACAUCAGCCUUGGAAUGAUACGCAUGCGCCUCAACAAUGGUCUGGAACAAGGGCAACCCAUGGAAUAUCCAGAAUUCCACGUCGACACGUCUAAUAUCAGCUUCGAUCUACGAAAACAAGAGGCUACAAUCACUCGCUCAUACUGUAAUUUCACCAUCGACGCUAAGCUCCAGGGCACCUCGAUGUUACGCGAGAACGGUGGGGCCAGACGUGUAUUCCAUUUCAGCAGUAAACGAUUCGACGUCGAACUAUUCCCUGAGACUGCUGCGCUAGUAGUUGAUAUGGCAACCCACCUUCAAGAGCGCAUCAAAACUUUGGACCUUUCUCAUGAGGUCAGGCGUUUCAAGAAAUUACGAAGACGAGGCAAUGCAGUACCGAGAGUUCCGAGCAUACAGGUCAAUGAUGACUCCCGUUCGGAGGACCUGUUCAGCGCUAUGUUUUCGUUAGACCUGAACUUCAUUCAGGUUGGCUGGAACAUGUCUACCGUUCCCCUGCCUAUAUCUGGGCGCAAACCUGAUGAUUUGGUUUUCUCUAUCAGGCGCCUGGAGCUAUCCAACAAGAGAACCAAUACUGCAAAGCUACGUAUCGAAGAUAUGCAGCUGCAGAUGGUACCAUAUUCAGGUAAUAGGCGAAAGCGUUCUCUUAAUUCGGCUUUAUUACCCGAGCUGGUCUUCAAUGUGGCAUAUUCUUCAGCAGGCCAAGAAGUUCGACUGGCCUUUCAAGCGGCUGGAAAAUCUCUUGAUAUACGAGCCACGUCUGAUUUUAUACUGCCCGGAAGCAUGAUAAGAGACUCCAUUGCGGCUUCCAGCCGAAUCAUCCGUGAGGCUAAUUCUACGCUGGUGUCGAAGUCAUCUGAUGACAACUCCAAACCCCGUGCACUUUUCGGUAACAAACGGUUCCGCUCCGUGCUAGUAGAUGUGGAUUUCGCUGGUGCAAUUGUGUCUCUGCAAGGGAGACAUACUGGUGACCAGCAGGCUCUGCUGACAGCUACUCUAAAAGGAAGCAGACUGUCUGAGGCAAAAUACGGUCAAUACAUUCAAGGGGAUGCGGUAGCCACUGCAACAUUCAGGGCCCCUGGGGUGGCCUUGAAAGUGCAGUUCGAGGACAAUGGCCAAGAUGAUCCACGGCUUAAUGCAGAGUUGAAGAUCGAUGCUUCUACAAACGUCCUAUAUCCAAGCCUUGUCCCAUUACUAAAGCAAAUGACUGAUACCGUCAAAGAAGUCAUGGGAGGCCAAGAAAAGCAGAGAAGACCGUCUGGCGCAAUGAUGCUACAGCCGCAGAAAUUAAUGCAGGAGGCUCCUCUCGACAUGGAUGCUAAGGACUCCAUCCUAGGGAGGUGUAAAUUGAACGUUGGCCUCCUAAUCUGCAAGCAGGAGUUCAGCUUGAGCUGUCAACCUAUCGCUAGAGUUGCAGCUACCGCGAGUUUUGAUACGGUCUAUGUGACGAUCAAUACGGUACAAUCUGAUGACUAUGGGCGAUUCUUAGCACUUCUCGUGGCCUUCAAUUCCCUAGAAGCUUCGGUGAAGCAUGUGUACUCCAAUGAAUCGACCGCGAGUUUUGAAGUGAAUUCGAUGGUCAUGUCUCUUAUGAAUAGCAAGCAUCUCGGCAAUUCAAAAGGUAUAUCGGCUGUUCUUAGGAUAAGCCCGAUGCAGGUGGCUCUCAAUGCCAAACAAGUUCAGGAUUUUCUUCUCUUCCGGGAAAUAUGGCUGCCGGCAGCUGACAAUGUCGAAACGAAGCCAGCCUUCCCGCCACAGUCUGCCGAGACACAAGCAUAUAUCGUCCAGCGAUACCAACAGGUGGCAUCGGCAUCGGCAUUCCCUUGGAAUACAACAAUAGCAAUUGAGAAGCUGGAAAUCCAGCUUGAUCUAGGUUCCUCCCUUGGGAAAGCCCAGUUUGCCAUCAACGAUCUAUGGUUGUCGUCAAAGAAGACGUCUGACCGAGAACAGACCCUCUGUGUUGGCUUCAAGGCCACAGGAAUUGAAAGCAAAGGCCGUAUGAGCGGACUGAUCGAGCUCCAGACGUUCAAAGUGCAGACAUCAAUUCAAUGGCCGGAUGACAAUUUUCAUAAUAAGACACCACUCAUUCAGGCUUCGAUAUCCUUCAACCUGUUCCAAGCAAAGGUCUCUUUUGAUUACCAGCCUUUCAUUAUCGCACAUAUCACAAUGUUCGACUUCUUGAUGUACAAUGUCUGCAGUGCGUCGGGUAACGGACACCAGCGGCUCUUCAGCAUUUUGGAGGGCGACCAGGUGCAAGUUUUCUGUACAAGUUUGACCGCAUCACAGACUGUUGCAUUGUAUCAAGCCUGGCAACGGCUAGUACAAGACAAACAAGCGUCAUACGAAGCUGCAUUGCGUGAGGUCGAAAGAUACAUGCGUCGAAGGUCAUCAGUUUUCGCUGGUAAAGCUGAUUUACCAGCGAAGGAUGUGACCAAAGAUGCAGACGACAAGGAGGAAAAGGCACCAAUAUCUUUGCAGACAGGUGUUGCAGUCACUAUCAAAUCUGUCAAUAUAGGUGUUUUUCCAAGCUCCUUCUUCGAUAACCAUGUGCUUAGGCUAGAUGCACACGAUGCGCAGGCUCGCUUUGAUGUAUCGCUACAGGAAGGUAAAAUACACAGUGCGCUGGGACUCACACUUGGCCAGUUACGUGUCGCACUGUCCGGUAUUGUGCGGCCUGGUCCUACGGAAGUUGAGGAGCUUCUUCUCGGUGAGAUCGCCAACCGUGUGUUGGCAUCCAGCGGCGGCACAAUACUAAAGGUUCCUCGGCUCGUGGCGCAAAUGGAAACCUGGCAAAAUCCCGGCACCCAGCAAAUCGACUAUAUCUUUCGCAGCAUGUUCGAAGGGAAAGUCGAUGUGGGAUGGAACUACUCGCGCAUUAGUUUUAUCCGAGAUAUGUGGGAGUCCCAUUCCCGGGCAUUGACCUCGAGGCUCGGAAAGCCCCUGCCGCCAUCCGCGGUGCGCAUUACGGGCGGGUUGAAUGAAGGUGGCGGUGACAAGAAGGAUCAACAACAGGAAAAGAUCACAGCGGUUGUAAACGUCCCACAGUCGAAGUACACGUAUGUUGCGCUGGAGCCGCCGGUAAUCGAGACGCCGCAGCUCCGCGAUAUGGGUGAGGCCACCCCACCGUUGGAGUGGAUUGGGCUUCAGCGCGAUAAGCUGCCCAAUGUCACUCAUCAAAUCAUUAUUGUGACAUUACUAGAAAUUGCAAAAGAAGUGGAGGAUGCAUACGGGAAGAUCCUAGGAUCGUCCGCCAUUCGGUCCCUGAUGGACAAACCGAAGAACAUUCGUAACAUGUCCGUCAUUGCUCACGUCGAUCACGGAAAGUCCACUCUGUCUGACUCCCUGGUUCAGCGUGCUGGUGUUAUCGCCGCUUCCAAGGCUGGUGAGGCCCGUUUCAUGGAUACCCGUGCCGAUGAGCAGGAGCGUGGUAUCACUAUCAAGUCGACUGCUAUCACUCUUUACUCCAAGUUUGAUGACCCUGAGGAUCUCAAGGAGAUCACCCAAGGUCACGAUGGCAACGAGUUCUUGAUCAACUUGAUCGACUCUCCCGGUCACGUUGACUUCUCCGCUGAGGUUACUGCCGCUCUCCGUGUCACCGACGGUGCCCUGGUCGUCGUCGACUCUAUCGACGGUUCCUGUGUACAGACCGAGACUGUCCUUCGCCAGGCCAUUGCUGAGCGUAUCAAGCCCGUUCUGAUCAUCAACAAGGUUGACCGUUCUAUACUUGAGCUGCAGGUCAGCAAGGAGGAUCUUUACCAGAACUUCUGCCGUAUCAUUGAGUCCGUCAAUGUCACCAUCGCUACCUACGAAGACAAGGUUCUUGGUGAUGUCAUGGUUCACGCCCAGAAGGGUACCGUUGCUUUCGGAUCCGGUCUCCAGGGCUGGGGUUUCACUGUCCGCCAGUUCGCCGUCAGGUACGCUAAGAAGUUUGGUGUUGACCGUAAGAAGAUGCUUGAGCGUCUGUGGGGUGACAGCUACUUCAACCCCAAGACCAAGAAGUGGACUAACAAGGGCACUGAUGCCGAUGGCAAGCCUCUGGAUCGUGCUUUCGUCCAAUUCUGCUUGGACCCCAUCUACAAGAUCUUCGACGCGGUCAACAACAACAAGAGGGAGCAAAUCACCACUCUCGUCGAGAAGCUUGAGAUCAAGCUUACUAGCGAUGAGAAAGAGCUUGAGGGCAAGCAGCUCCUCAGGACUAUCAUGCGCAAGUUCUUGCCUGCCGCCGAUGCUAUGUUGGAAAUGAUCUGUAUCCACCUGCCUUCUCCCGUUACUGCCCAGAAGUACCGUGCUGAGACUCUGUACGAGGGUCCUCAUGAUGACGAGUGCUUCAACGCCAUCAAGGAGUGCAAGGCUGGUACCAAGGAGGACCCUGCUCCCCUGAUGCUCUACGUCUCCAAGAUGGUGCCCACUUCCGAUAAGGGUCGUUUCUAUGCUUUCGGCCGUGUCUACUCGGGUAUCGUCAGGUCUGGUCUCCAGGUCCGUAUCCAGGGUCCUAACUACACCCCUGGCAAGAAGGAGGACCUGUUCAUCAAGAAGAUCCAGCGUACUGUUCUGAUGAUGGGCGGUAAGACUGAAGCCAUUGACGACGUUCCCUGCGGUAACAUCGUUGGUCUGGUUGGUGUUGACCAGUUCUUGCUGAAGUCUGGUACCCUCACCACCUCCGAGACCGCUCACAACCUCAAGGUCAUGAAGUUCUCCAUCUCUCCCGUCGUGCAGCGUUCCGUUGAGGUCAAGAACGCCGCCGAUCUUCCUAAGCUUGUCGAGGGUCUUAAGCGUCUGUCCAAGUCCGAUCCUUGUGUUCUGACCAUGAUUAACGAGUCUGGAGAGCACGUCGUUGCUGGUGCCGGUGAGUUGCAUCUUGAGAUUUGCUUGAACGAUCUCCAGAAUGAUCACGCCGGUGUUCCCCUCAAGAUUUCCGACCCUGUCGUCUCUUACCGUGAGUCUGUCGCGGGCAAGUCCAGCAUGACUGCCCUCUCCAAGUCUCCCAACAAGCACAACCGUCUCUAUGUCACUGCCGAGCCAAUUGAGGAAGACUGUGCUCUUGCCAUUGAGGCCGGCAAGAUCAACCCCCGUGAUGAUUUCAAGACUCGUGCCCGUCUCAUGGCUGAUGAAUAUGGCUGGGAUGUCACCGAUGCCCGUAAGAUCUGGACCUUCGGUCCCGACACCACCGGUGCCAACUUGCUGGUUGACCAGACCAAGGCUGUCCAGUACCUUAACGAAAUCAAGGAUUCCUUCGUCUCCGGUUUCCAGUGGGCUACUCGUGAGGGUCCUAUUGCUGAAGAGCCCAUGCGCGCUGUCCGCUUCAACAUCCUCGAUGUUACUCUUCACGCUGAUGCUAUCCACCGUGGUGGUGGUCAGAUCAUCCCCACUGCUCGUCGUGUCCUCUACGCCGCUCAGAUGCUUGCAGACCCCAGUAUCAUGGAGCCCAUCUUCAACGUUGAAAUCCAGGUUCCUGAGCAGGCUAUGGGUAGUAUCUACGGUGUCCUUACCCGUCGUCGUGGUGUCAUUUACUCCGAGGAGCAGAGACCCGGUACCCCUCUGUUCACCGUCAAAGCCUACCUUCCCGUCAAUGAGUCCUUCGGUUUCCCCACCGACCUCCGUGCGGCCACCGGUGGUCAGGCCUUCCCUCAGUCCGUCUUCGACCACUGGGAGGUUCUUCCUGGUGGUUCUCCUCUUGACACCACCACUAAGCCUGGUCAGAUUGUUAAUGAGAUGCGUAAGCGCAAGGGUCUCAAGGAGCAGGUUCCUGGAUACGAGAACUACUACGACAAGCUGUAA